AUGGAGGCAUGCACAACAACUUUCAACUUGGAGAAGGCCGUAUGCAACCUUGGCUAUUUCAUGAUGGCUCCUAACUCUUGGAUUCCAUCCACCCAAAUUCUUCAACGUCCGUUACGACUUUCAAACUUCAGUACCUCUGUCGUUGUUUCUAUUUCACACCCUCCGGGCAAUGCCUCUAUCAUCGUUGAAGUCCAUAAUACUGACAAUGUUUCUCCCCAGGAUGAGAAAAUUAUCCUGGAACAGGUAGCUCGGAUGCUAAGGAUAUCAGAGAGAGAUGAAACGCAUUUGAGGGAGUUCCAAAACUUGCAUCCAGAAGCAAAGGAGAAAGGUUUUGGUCGGUCUUCUCGUUCUCCCACAAUAUUUGAAGACGCCAUUAAGUCUAUCCUCCUUUGCAACUGCACGUGGAAAAGGUCAUUGGACAUGGCCAAAGCUCUUUGUGAGCUUCAAUCACAAUUAGCCAAUGGUCUGAUAUCCAUGAAAUGUGAAGAUUUAAACAAGAAAUCUUCGAAUAAAGGAUCAAAGAGAAAGCGAGUAACUGAAAAACUAACCGAGGACAAAAAAUGUGCCGAGGAUUGUUCAGAUUCUCAGAUGUUAAAUGGCAAAAAUGCUACGUCUUUAGGGAAUUUUCCGAGCUCCAGAGAACUUGUUAGCCUGGACGAGUAUUUCUUGAAAAAGCAUUGCAAUCUUGGUUAUCGAGCAAAACGCAUUCUACAACUCGCUAAACGUGUGGAGAGUGGAAAGCUUGACCUUCAAAAAUUUGAAAAGGAGUCUAAUAGCAUAUCUGCCCAGGAAGUAUAUGUCAAAUUGAAGAGAGUUAAAGGGUUCGGUCAGUUUGCAUGCGCCAACUUGAUGAUGUGCAUGGGAUAUUAUGAAAUGGUUCCCAUGGAUUCUGAAACUAGACGUCAUUUGCAACAGGUUCUCACGAGCAUUACUUCAUUGCCUUCAUAUAUGUGGAUCUACAACGACGUGUAUAUAGAUGUCAUAGUGUUUUAA